AUCUCUGUCUGCUGCUGGUUUGUCGUUUGCGGGCGAUCGAGUUGAUCGAUUGAUCGAGCGAGUUCGUUCGUCAGCUCCAAUCCGUUCUAGCGGCGGAGGAUGCGGCCUUUUUUUUUUGUUGCGAUGUUGGUGGUGGUAUUACUGUUGUUUCAUUAAGGAGCGUGCACUGUUUUGAUUAGUUACUUUGGUUGAGUAUUUUUAGAAACUCUCUCAGGCGAUCUCAGCUCACUCUAGAUUGUCAUAUCUGAGAUUGGAGUACGCUACCUAUUUCAUUUGGCUUCUGCUCGAUUUCGCAUAGUAUACUGUUCUGGGGAGAUUCCGCUUAUUUCGGCGAUCGCCGUCUCGUGCGGCGUACAGUUGUUUUAUAUCUGCUGAUCCUGUCUGUAGAUCUUCUCUGACUACUGCUCACUUUCUAAACCCGUACUACAUGCCUCGGCUAUGCUAAUUUUAGUGGAUCUUUAGUGCCUCGGUUAGAACAAGUCAAGUACUGGCUGUUCGAUUGCUGUAGUUAAUGGUCAUGUCGGUGCUCUGAUCCACCUGCCCCUUCUGGUCCUCUCUCGCCCGUCUCAUUCACACGUUGAUGCACAUGCACCUGGGCCAGGCUCACACCACGCAUUUCUUCGUUGGGACUGAAACUGCCUUUUUUAUUUCCCUCUGUGAAAUCCUAGUACUUUCCACUGGUUCCUAUUGACAAAAUUAGUCUAGAUCUUCGUAAUUUAUUUAUGCGCAGUAUCGAUCACUUUCUGCCUUCCGUAUCGUGUAAGCAAGUGGGCACUUUAAACCUCAGUUCUUGGCAAAUAUAUAACCAUGCUGGUUGUAAAGGGUUGCAAUUCAUGAAAAUAUCUGUCUUAUUUUAGAGGUGAAAAACUUGGGGCCAUGGGCAAAGGGGCUGCUGAGAGGGAUGCCAGCCGCAGCGGCGGGACCGGCAGCUAUGGCCCCUCUCGCGAAGUAUCCGCUGGUUCUGGCAGAGGACCGGACGCGGCGGCCUGAUGUUCUCCGCCAUCUGAGAAUGUAUGAAGGAGGGUGGAAUGUCACCAGCAAGCACUACUGGGCGAAUACUCACAUUCAUUGCCACAUUAGCUGAAUCAAGUCUCUUUCAGUCUGUUUCAUUCACAGGAGUUUCUGGAUUUCUUCUUGCUGCCUUGUGGUUCAUCUUUUUUGGGAUGGCCGCAGUUGGACGAUGCUAUUUUCGAUCAAGAAUGGCCAAAGAAAAGGUUUCUCAUGCAGAUGUAGUACGCCCUGUGUUGCUCGUGGUCUUUGCGCUUACUUUAAUAGCUGGGUGCAUUGUCCUUCUGUAUGGACAGAGUAAAUUCCAUGAAGAAACUACACGGACCGUGGAUUUUGUUGUAAACCAAUCUGAUUUCACCAUUCAGUCGCUACGGAAUGUUACAGAAUACUUGUCAUUUGCAAAGACAAUCACAGUUGCAGCACUGUAUCUUCCACCAGAUGUUCAAGGUCAAAUUGACAAUUUAAAGGGGGACUUAAAUAAAGCAGCUGAUACGAUAUCUCAGAAGACAGCAGAAAACUACAUAAGGAUAAGAAAAGUUCUCCAUAUCAUGUCUGUUAUAUUGAUUUGCAUAGCUGUGCUGUUACCAGUUCUUGCAUUCCUUGGAUACGUGCUAGAGCUAUAUGGACCAAGAUAUACAGUUUACAUAUUUGUUACCUUUUGCUGUAUAAUGGUGGCGGCUCUGUUUAUUCUUCUAGGAAUUUUCCUGAUACUAAACAGUGCUGCAAAGGAUACCUGCGAAGCAAUGGACCAAUGGGCACAGCACCCUCAAGCAGAGACAGCUCUCAGCAACAUCCUUCCAUGUGUGGAUGAAAGUACAACAAACCGUACCUUGUACCAGAGCAAAGAAGUCGUGGUGAUGCUUGUGAGGAUAGUUAAUAGGGCUAUAUCUGCUCUUUCAAACCGAAGACCACAUCAUAAGCAUCCUGGGCAAUUGAUGCCUUACUUGUGUUCUCCAUAUGAUUCAAACUUCAAUGAUCGUAAGUGCAAGCCCAGGGAGGUCACGUUCGAAAAUGCAACAACAGCAUGGCAGAAUUACACGUGCUUGACCCAAGACACCGACUUGUGCUCAGGCAACAAAACCCUGACUCCCGAAAUCUACGGGCAACUUGUCCUGGCUGCAAAUGUAAGCUACGCACUGUACCACUAUGCUCCUGUCCUGCUCAACUUCCAGGACUGCAAGUUUGUGCGCGCCACCUUCAGCACCAUCGCCUCGCAGUACUGCCCUCCUGUGGAGCGCGACCUCGGGUUAGUCUCCACGGGCCUGGCGCUCAUCGCCUCAGGCCUUGUUCUCCACCUCGUCUGGAUGCUCUUUGCGGACCGCCCCCAAAGGGAGGAGGUGUCCGACCUGGCGUCAGGGUCGAGGAUCACACCAGUAGACAGCUCUCCUCUACAGUAAGUGGGUGAGAGCGCUUACGCCCAUGGUAAACCAGGAUUUAGUACAGUUCCAUGGCUAUGUAAAAUAGUAUCGGUAUAGCAGGGUUCCGGGAAUAUUUAGGAGAAGUAAGGAGACAGAAGCACUGCGGGGCAAAGAGCCCCAUUUUGCAGUGGAGAGUUAGGUGGAAUGCAGGCUUCCUUAUGUUGUAUGUUGAAUUGCUGAUGCUAUGGCGCAUGAUAUAUCAUUGUAAGAAGUAAGAACGAUGGGAUAAGUGAUUAGAGGUAGCAAAUCCCCUGCGCGUGACGAAUGAGAAGAGUUCAGUUCAGUAA